GUAGGGGAGAGAGGGAAGGGUUGGAUGGGAGUUGAGGAUGGAAAGAUCAACGGUCCACCGAUCCUAGACGCCUCUUUUGACCUAUCAGCUCUCUGCCUCAAUCUUAUCGUCCUCGUUAUUAACGGCGUUUAAACAUUACCGUGCGAUCUUGACUGGGGCGGGUCGUCCUCAUUCAGCGACCCGUCCACGCGACACCGUCUCUUUAAACGGACUCCGUUAUCACAAUCCCCUUUUUUCUCUCUCUUUCUCGCUCCUUCUCUCUUUCUUCCCUCUCUCUCUCUCUCUCUAGCAAUUCUGAAGCUCUCUUAUGGCGGUUCAAAGUCUUUAGUACACAGGUACGUUUGAAUUAUCUCUUUGGAUCUCGUAUAUAUAUCUCCGUUUCUCUAGGUUUAGGGUUUUAUCCCAUUUUAAACGGUGUAGAUUUCAUGAGAUUCAAUCUGUGUGAUUGUUGGGGGGUUAUGUGACAGAUUGAUUGAUAAAUCUGUUAAUUUGGUUGAUGAAAAUGUCUCUGAGGUGCUUUUAUAGUUUUUUGGAUUGGUUCUCGUUGUUGGGUAGGUUGUGACUUGAUUCAUGAAUCAAUCUAUCCAUGGUUGAUGUGGGUUUGAUUGAUAUGAUGAAGAUGUUUGUUAUGUGCUCAUGUUGUUGAGUGUUGACUGUGGUGGGACUAUGAAUUCCACCUCAGUGACAACAAAGUCCACAAAAGAAAAAAUGGGUGAGGCUUUUCUCACAACCUUGUCCAUGGAGAGUAAUCGAUUUUCUACUCUCUUAUCCAUGGACUCGAGUUCGUCUUUGCACGAUGAAAUGGAAAGAGAGUUGAAUCGGGGCUUCAAUCAUUAUCGACCGCCUGAUAUCAAUCUCCCACUCUCUGCUGAACAUAGCCCCCCGCCCCCAUCAUGGAACGAUCCUUGUGACAUGUUAGAUGUUGGCCUCGCUACUCAGCAUUAUGAGGCCGAGACCAAUAUUACUGUCACGAAAGCUGGGAAGAAAUGUGCCAAGCGGCUUGAUAGUGUCUGGGGUGCUUGGUUUUUCUUCAAUUUUUAUUUCAAACCAGCUUUGAAUGAGAAAUCUAAGGGUAAGAUAACUUGGGAAAGUAAUGGGGUUUCUGGAUAUGAUAAGUCGGACUUGAAGCUCGAUGUUUUCUUGGUUCAACACGAUAUGGAGAACAUGUACAUGUGGGUUUUCAAGGAGAAACCUGAAAAUGCAUUAGGUAAGAUGCAGCUAAGGAGUUACAUGAAUGGGCACUCUCGCCAGGGGGAGCGCCCCUUUCCAUUCAGUGUGGACAGGGGUUUUGUUCGGUCGCAUAGAAUGCAGAGGAAACAAUAUAGGGGUCUCUCUAACCCCCAAUGCGUUCAUGGGAUUGAAGUUGUUCGAUCUCCCAAUCUCAUGGGGCUUGAUGAGGAAGAGCGCAAGAAGUGGACGGAGCUAACAGGGAGGGACAUAAACUUUUCAAUCCCUCUUGAAGCUAGUGAUUUUGGGUCAUGGAGGAACCUUCUAAAUACAGAAUUCGAGCUUGAGCGCCCACCUCCUCCAUUAAAGACUAACACAAAUCCACAUCCAAAAAGAUUGCUCAAUGGUUCUAGUUUGAAUUUGUCAACUCAACCACCAAACCAUGUUAAUGGGGAUGGGACAGAUUUGCCUGUUUACAACAAACGGAGGAAAAAUUUUUUGUCUCAUGGAAAUGAUGACGAUUGUUGUUUGCCUAAUAAUACACAGCCUGAUAGAGUUUUGGAUAUCCACCCAAUUGAGCCAUACUGGUUAAAUGAAUUCACUGGGGUAAUGAGGAGUGCAUAUGGUCCAGUAACUGCUGCAAAAACUAUUUAUGAGGAUGAUGAGGGCUUCUUGAUCAUUGUCAGCUUGCCUUUUGUAGAUCUUCAGAGGGUGAAAGUUACUUGGAGGAACACUCUCUCUCAUGGGAUUGUAAAGAUUGCUUGUGUCAGCACUGGGCGUAUGCCGAUUAUUAAGAGACAAGAUAGGACAUUCAAGUUGAUGGAUCCAACUCCAGAGCAUUGCCCUCCAGGGGAGUUUGUUAGGGAAAUCCCCCUUGCAGUGCGUAUCCCAGAAGAUGCUAAACUAGAAGCAUAUGGGGAUGAGACAGGAACAAUGCUUGAGAUUAUUGUGCCCAAACAUCAUGUGGGACCUGAAGAGCAUGAGGUUCGUGUAUGUCUUCGCCCCUCUCCUUGGGGUUUGGAGUGAAUGCACGUAUGUUGUCUUGAUAGAGGCAUUAGUGUGAGACAUGUAUGGGUGGUUACAGUGGUCGUUGCUUCAUUGUUUACUAACCUCAUUCUCUAAGUGAAAUUUAUGAAAUUAAAUUUUCAUUUUUACAGAUUGAUGUCCUGUUCUUUUGUAUUUCUUCUCUUUCAUAUAUCUUUUCAUUUUCUUAUGUAUAUUUUUUGAUCUUAUGGAGUUGUUGACUAGUGAUUAUAUGUCUCCAUUUAGCUCAGCACAUAUUAAUUGGUCAAAUGGUCAUACUAA